AUGAAUUGCUCAUCCACUGACAAAAUAUAUGAAACAGAUGAUUCUAUGGGAAUGGAUAUAGAUUCAAAUACUGUUCUCUCGGAAAUUCCUUCAAUUCCAGCAACAACAUAUGCUUCUUGCUCGGCAAAGACAGAUGCUGAAGAACAUCCCAAGUCCUCUUCUUUAGAGACGUUAAAGCCACGUUUUGAAGUGAAAAGAUGGAAUGCAGUAGCACUUUGGGCAUGGGACAUUGUUGUUGACAAUUGUGCAAUUUGCCGCAAUCAUAUUAUGGAUUUCUGUAUCGAAUGUCAAGCAAAUCAAGUGGCUCCGACGACAGAAGCGUGUACUGUUGCAUGGGGUAUCUGUAAUCAUGCAUUUCAUUUUCAUUGUAUUUCACGCUGGCUUAAAACUCGUCAAGUUUGUCCACUUGAUAAUAGAGAAUGGGAAUAUCAAAAAUACGGAAGAUAA